AACGUGAUAUAAUGCAACCUAUUGAUUAUUAUACUGUUUUUAUCAAGUUUUUAACUAGCUGGUAUGGAAUUCUUGCCAGUAGUAUACUUAUUUAUUCUUUAGCAAUUUACAUAAAGAGAGAAAGAUUUAGAAGGCAACAUGGAACAAAAGAACCACCAUCCUUCCGAGAAGGCGGUCUAUUUGGAUUGUAUUUGGCUUAUACCUUGUUGAAGUACAAGAGUACUGGAGAGUUACUUGAUUAUGGUGUUCGAAUUAUCGAAAAGUAUGGCUGGACCAUGAAGGCCCAAUUAUUUGGUUUGACUGUGUUAGUAACUGGUGAACCAGAAAAUAUUAAGGCUAUGUUAGCUACUCAAUUCAAUGAUUUCGGUCUUGGAAGAAAUCCUCAUCUUAAACCUUUAUUAGGAGAUGGUAUUUUUACUUUGGAUAGUGAAGGGUGGAAACAUUCUCGUCAAUUGUUAAGACCUCAAUUUGCUCGUGAACAAGUUGCUCAUGUACAAAAGCUUGAACCUCAUAUUCAAAUUCUUGCUAAACAUAUUAGAAAGAAUAAAGGUACAGGAUUUGAUAUUCAAGAAUUAUUCUUUAGAUUGACUAUGGAUACUGCUACUGAAUUUUUAUUUGGUGAAUCUGUACAUUCUUUAUAUGAUGAAUCGAUUGGAUUGACAACUUCUGAAGAAGUUGCUGGAUUUGCUCAUAAUUUCGACACUGCUCAAAAAUAUCUUGGUUCAAGAGUUUACACUCAAGCUGCUUAUUUCUUUGUAGAUGGUUUUGAAUUUAGAAGAUCUAUUAAGGGUGUUCAUAAAUUGGCACAAAUAUUUGUGAGAAAGGCUCUUACCAUGACUCCUGAAGUACUUGAAGAAAAAUCAAAGGAUGGUUAUACAUUUUUAUAUGAAUUGGUCAAGUAUACCAAAGAUCCAAAGGUUUUACAAGAUCAAUUACUUAAUAUCUUGCUUGCUGGUAGAGACACUACUGCUGGUACCUUAUCAUUCUGCUUCUUUGAAUUGGCUAGAAACCCAGAAAUUUGGCAAAAGUUACGUUCAGAGAUUUAUCAACAUUUUGGUGAAGAAUAUGAUGCGUCUCAAAUUACUUUUGAGUCAUUGAAGCUGUGUGAAUACUUGAAAUGGGUUAUCAAUGAAACUUUAAGAUUAUAUCCUUCAGUUUCUGCUAACUUCAGAGUUGCCGCCAAGGAUACUACUUUGCCAGUGGGUGGUGGACCAAAUGGUUCUUCCCCAGUAUUUGUUCCAAAGGGUACCACAGUAGCGUAUUGUUAUUAUAUCACUCAUAGAGAUCCAAAAUACUAUGGUAAAGAUGCUAAAGAGUUCAGACCAGAAAGAUGGGAAAGUCUUGACAAACUUGGAUGGGCUUAUUUGCCAUUUAAUGGUGGUCCUAGAAUUUGUUUAGGUCAACAAUUUGCCUUGACCGAAACUGCUUACGUUAUAGUUAGAUUGGCACAACUAUUCCCUACUUUGAACACCAAAGAUUUUAGACCAUACCCACCAAGAAUAAAUUGUCAAUUGACUGCAAGACAUCAAGAUGGUGUUUUCAUAGAAUUGUCAGAUUAA